AUGGCCAGUUCCGAGGCUCAAGAAGUUGCUGCAAAGCAACGAAUCGUGAACCACAUGAACGCAGAUCACUCUGAUUCGAUUCGCCGAUAUCUCGAGGCUUUCAGCAAGAAGUCGUCCUUCCAGGCCCGCAAUGCUCGCAUGACGGACGUGACGUUGCACGACAUGAAGUUCGAUUGCAACGGCGAGCCAGUGGCUAUUCCUUUCGACCCCCCGAUGAAGUCAUAUCGGGAAGCGCGAGAACGUGCUGUCCAACUCGAUAAGGAUGCACUGCGACUACUCGGACGCAGCGAUAUACCCAUCACCAAGUACAUCCCACCGUGGGUGCAUUGGGGUCAUCUUUUCAACUUUACCCAGUGUUUCAUCACUUUUGGUCUCUUCUCUCGUGCUGCCCACUUCCAGCCAGGAUCAUUGCCACACGAUGUGUUCCUGCACCAUUUCCCCAAGUUCAUCAGUUUUGCUCUGGCUAUCCAACCCUAUCUGAUUACUAUCAUGGCGGCAAUUCAUGCAUUUGAAGUUGUUAUAAUGAUGAGGAAAUUGGGACGGCAUGGUCUGUCGUUGUUUGACGGAGUGUUCUGGGCGUGGUCUGCAAGUAUUUUUGUUGAAGGGAUCACCGCCACUUUGAGGCUCAACGAAUUCAUUCGAUCAAAGCAGCAGGAGAAGGAGGCGAAGAAGCACUGA